AUGCUGAAGAUGCCUCGGGUGAAAGUGUUCGUGAUCCUGGCCCUGCAAGCGACUGCUCUCAUCUGCUUCUUUCAGCUUCACACCUGGAUCAGCCCCCAGAAGGAGAAGCCGGCCCAGACCCACGUCCUCAUCCUCUCCUCCUGGAGGUCCGGGUCUUCCUUUGUGGGCCAGCUCUUCAGCCAGCAUCCGGACGUCUUCUACUUGAUGGAGCCAGCCUGGCAUGUGUGGGCAACUAUGCACCAGAGCAGCGCCAAGGCGCUGCAGAUGGCAGUUCGAGACCUCGUCAGGUCCGUCUUCAAGUGCGACAUGUCGGUCUUCGAUGCUUACAUGUCUGAGCAGAGGAACCAAAGGGGACUCUUCCAGUGGGAGGCCAGCCGGGCCCUGUGCUCUCCCCCUGCGUGUGACCUUUUCCAGCGCAGCGACAUCAUCUCCAAGCAUGACUGCAAGACCCUCUGUGGCAAGUACCCUUUCCCCAAGGUCGCCGAGGCUUGCAAGACCUACAGCCACGUGGCCCUGAAGGAGGUCCGGCUCUUCAACCUCCGAGCGCUCCGCCCUCUCUUUGCCGACCCCUCCUUGGACCUCAAGAUCAUCCACUUGGUCAGGGACCCCAGGGCUGUCUUCCGCUCCCGCGAGCGCACGGCGGGCGAGCUGGCCCAGGACAGCAACAUCGUGGUGGGGCACAAGAUCCAGCUCAGGGAGACGGAGUCUUAUGCCGUGAUGCGGGAGAUCUGCAAGAGCCACAUAGAGAUCUACACCCAGGGCCGCUGUGCCCUUCCUGGCCUCCUCCAGGACCGCUAUUUGUUGGUGCGCUACGAAGACAUCGUCCGGGAUCCCCUGGCCACGGUUGUCCAGCUGUAUGGGUUUGCAGGGCUCCACUUCACUCCCCGCCUGCAGACCUGGGUGCACAACAUCACCCACGGACAGGGCCUCGGCACACAGGCCUUUGACGUCGGCUCCCGGGAUGCAGUGAAUGUGUCCCAGGCCUGGAGGAAGACUCUUCCUUAUCCCAAAGUGGCAAAGCUGCAGGAAGCGUGUAAGGAUGCCAUGGAGGUACUGGGCUACAGGCUGGUAAGGUCGAAGGAAGAACAGACAAACAUGUCGCUGGACCUCUUACAUGCCAAGCAGAGGGAAAAGCUGAGCUCAGAAGGGUCUCCUUCCGCUUCCGGCAGCUGGAGCUUUCAGAACCAGGACGUGCCAUGUGGGGCUAUGCUGUGA